CCCUGUGACCACCAAUGGUAUCUGGACAUGAUCCAAAACUCUCUCCAGCGACGGACAAUCCAGAGUCAGAAAUCCUAAACACCCUGGGAACAAUUACGCGAAUAUCGAGCCAUCCACGUUGAACUCAGCACCCGUGCCCCCUCCAGGCAUGUGCAUUCCCACGAAUUACAUGAACGUGGUGCCAGCAUCCGUUACCUCGUUCCAGGAACCCGUUCAAGAACAGCAGACCGAGCAAAACCACUCACCGACUCGGAGUCACACUUCUGAAUCACCGAAAAGUCGUCCAAGGUGGAGACCCCCACUCGGCCCAGAACAAGGAAAGGUCAUUCAUGGUCCAGGGUCAACACAUGGACGACGUUACGAGGUAAAGAAACGAAGAAGAAUACGUGGAAACAGAUUCCGGAACGUUUUAGAAGGCAUAGAUGUACCGGAUUCUUGCAAAAUGGCCGGAAUAUAUGAAUGUGGAGGUGUCUCAAGAUCUCAGAGCUGGCGGUGUUAAAAAGACACCAGCACCUCCUGUACCACCACGAGCCUCCACAAAGAAGUAGAAGAAAAGCUGCAAAUACAAAUUUUUUUUUAAUCUUAGCUGGCUCGAUCGUUCAAAGAAAGUGCCCUCGACGACUGUUUUCCAUAUAAGUAGUAUUCAAGUGUCGUUUGAAGCAAUCAAACAGCGUAAAUAUUCUUCAUAAUCGUAGUAUUAGUAGCAUAUUUAAAUGUACAUCAUUCGUGUCGCUUAAAGAAACAUGAAUAUCGUAGUCCUCUCUUUUUACUUGAAUACUCGAUGAGAAGUGACUUAAUCUGUAGAGAAUUGUUUUGUUAUGUUAAUACGCGGAUACUUGUGUUAGUACUAGAGUACACUUCCACUCCUUAUUGUAUUUUAAAAUUGCCUCGAAUGCAAAAAUAAGAAGGUUCAAGGAUUCUUGAUUUUUUAUUUAAAAUUUUUAUUGUUUUUAAUUCAGACAUUGUUCCCAUUUUAUAUCGUCUUGCUACAAAAAAAUUUUAACUUAGAUCGUUUCAACUGAUACGCAUUCGAGGCUCUUUAAUUACGCCACUAAGUUGUAUAUUAAUUAAAUAAUGCUCGAAUCUCGAGCUAAUGAAAAAUACAAUGCUAGCGAGCGCCAAAUCAAAGUUUCAUCGUUUGGCAAAAUGCCAACGCAACAAAAAAAUGUACAUAGUAUUGUCUACUCUGAUUUUUAUAAUUAUUGUAAUCCAUUAAUCGCAUUCUUAAUCCAAUUUAAUGAUACUAUUAUUAUUAAUGAAAAAAAAAAAGAUUUCUUUCAUCGACGUCGAAGAGAGUGUGAAACGAAAGCUGGCGUCGCAUGAUCAUUUUAUUCUAUAUUCUAUAAUUGUUUAUUAAUAUAAACAAUAUUUUGUACAGGCGUCAAAUUGUUUCUAUAAGGACGUGUGAGAAGUACCAAGGAUGCAUUUAUCAUUUCAAUUGUAACGCGUUACUCUAGCCGUUUUACAUUAUAAUCCUCCUUUUUUUACCUACUUUUUAUAUUUAUGUCUACAGUAAUAAACGUGAAGGUAAAAUACGACAGUCGUUCGAAUUCGAAUCCCGGCUGGGAUUAUUUUGAAAACUUGGAAACCACGAAAAACCCGUCGUCCUCGAAAAUCGUCACUUAGUUUUAAUUGUUACUAAAUAAUAAUUAAUAUUCGUGCGCAAAUUGAUACAGGUAUCGGUUUAUACGGAUUCUUGUUAGAUAUUUAUAGAGACGGAAAGAUAUCUGCGACUGACGUGAGUUCUACUGAAAAUUGAAGGAUCAUUUUACAAAACAAUGACACCAUAUGAUUCGAAGCAUUUUUAGCACAGCAAACGAUGCAUCGUUAAACGAAAUGUGAUGUCACGUUCAUUUGCGUAGAAGCAGUUGCAUUUUUGAAUAAAACAUAGGAUCGGGUAUUCAUCGCCAGUACUGAAUUACCUGUUACAGUGUCCGCAUCGGUGAUAGGAAAAUCCAGUCACUCAUCCUGGAAAACUUUCGAUUUCUGACUAAUACGUUCUUUCUCUCGCGAAGGACGACUGUUUCCAACAAGAAAGCUGUAUUAACAAUUGAAAAAUGAAGUUACUCCUAGCAAUCUUUGUAUUAACAUUAGCUUCAACUACAACUCUUGGUCAGUCUAGGUAUGAGCCAUUUGCUGAGAAACCAGGUUCCUGUCCACCAGCAUUGCCAGUGCAAAUUUGCAGUCGAUCUUGCUUCUCUGAUUCUCAUUGUUUAGGAAUUGGCAAGUGUUGUCCCACCAACUGUGGAGGCUUUGUUUGUUCCAAACCUGUAACUAUGAGACAACCAAUUUCAAAAGAGAAACCAGGCUCUUGCCCGGCAGUACCAAAAGGAAGAUGGGUAUGUUCACCAACCUGCAGUGUUGACAAUGAUUGCAGAGGAACAUUGAAAUGUUGCAAAAAUCGUUGUGGUGCUCUGGCUUGUCAAAAACCGGACAUUGAGAUAGUUGAAUCCUUGGAAAUUCCAGUUAUUCCAUUACCAGAAGAGUCUUUCAAUGUACCUAGAAAUCCUUACUUGAAUUAUCCUAGGGACCCAAGUUCUUAUCCUUAUUACUUUUACAACAAUAAUUAAUUAAAAUUAUCAUAAAAGAUAAGGAUUUCAUUAAUUUCUAUCACGUUCAAAUGUACUAUGUAUUUACCUGUGCCAUACUUUUGAUUCAUGUUAUGUGUUAGUGUAUAUAUUUACUAUAUAAUGUAAUACCAUACAACAUUUAAUAAUAAAUUAUCAAUUACAAAUUGAA